GAGUGGCUCUACAGAGAGGAGUUUGAGAGCUACGAGAAGGAGGGCGUCCUGCAAAUGCACACGGCCUUCUCGCGAGAGCAGGCACGCAAGAUCUACGUGCAGCACCGAAUAGUGGAGGCGGGAGCCGACGUUGCAGAGAAGAUGUUGAAUCAGGGCGGCCACUUCUAUGUCUGUGGAUCUGCACGGCAAGUGCCCGAAGACAUCUAUACAGCCAUGAAGGAGGUAAUGAUGGCACACGAGCGAUGUCCUGAAGAGGAGGCGGAGGCGAUCCUCUCAAAUUUGAAGAUGGAAGGCCGUUACACGGUGGAGGAACGUCAAGAGGAGACCCCGGAGCGGUUGGAGCCCCUUGGGGCAGGGUCUGGUGCGGCCGACAUCGAAUACGAGCAGUUUAUGAAGGCCAAGGAAGUGCAGCGGGUCAUGUUCCAGCAAGAGAACAAGACAAUAGUGCACCAAUGUGCCGACACGGACAUCAUCGAGGCUACAACAGGCUCCAUUGCAUGCAUCGAUGGGAACCAAGCCGCAGCUCACGUUGCCUACGCCCUCAGUGACUGCGCCUUCAUUUAUCCCAUCACGCCGAGCUCUCCGAUGGGAGAGAUGGUGGACGAAUGGGCCGCGCAAGGCUUGUUUGUAUCUCAAAGUUUCUGCGAUGCGGUGCAGCCAAGCUUGUUGUUUGCGUCUGUGUCAGGCCUCAUCAACUGCUAUGGACAGAAGCUCAGUGUGACGGAGAUGCAAAGCGAGGCUGGCGCAGCCGGUGCUCUGCACGGGGCUCUGAAAGCUGGCGCCUUCAGCACUACCUUCACUGCCAGUCAGGGUCUGCUGCUGAUGAUCCCAAACAUGUACAAGAUCGCGGGCGAGUUGCUCCCGUGCGUCAUGCACGUCGCCGCACGGGCUCUGGCGGGACAGGCCUUGUCCAUCUUCGGGGAUCACAGCGAUGUGAUGGCCUGCCGCUCGACCGGCUGGGCCAUGUUGGCCUCCGAGUCUGUGGAGAUGGCGCAGGUGAAUGCCAUUGUCUCCCACCUUGUCUCCAUGGAGCGCCGGGUCCCAGUGCAGCACUUCUUCGAUGGAUUCCGCACCAGCCACGAAGUGAACAAGAUCAAGCUCAUAGACUACAACACCAUGAAGUCCUUCAUCAACUGGGAUGCGGUGAAGGAGCAUCAUGACCUAGCAAUGAACCCUCGCCACCCACAUGUUCAGGGCACGUCGCAGGGUCCCGACAUCUUCUUCCAGUGCGUCGAGGCGGGCAACAGCUUCUAUGAUGGGCUAGCAGAUCUCUUCGAGGAGAAGGGCAAGCUGGUUCAAGAGCAGACCGGCUUGCACUUCGCCCUCUACGGCUAUGAAGGGCAUCCGGAGGCCAAGCACGUGAUAGUCGUGAUGGGCAGUGCCGCCGUGACUUGUGGAGAGACGGCCAUGUUUUUGUCGAAGCACAAGGGGCAACGUGUCGGCGUCCUUAAGGUGCGUCUCUUCCGGCCCUGGGACUGUUCGCGGUUCUUGGCAGCCUUGCCAAAAACGACGGAGCGUAUCUGCGUGCUGGAUCGCACCAAGGAGCAGGGGUCCCAGGGAGAGCCGCUCCUGUUGGAGGUUGCCUCGAUGCUGCAUGCCAGUGCUCACUCCGAGAUCGUGGUCGUCGGAGGCCGCUAUGGACUGGGCUCAAAAGAGUUCACUCCCAACAUGGUGCUGUCCGUCUUCGAGAAUCUCGCCAAGGACAGCCCGAAGCCUAGAUUCGUCGUGGGCAUCGAAGACGAUGUCACGCAUCUGUCUUUGCCGGUGGGCCCGUGGCUCAAUGUGCUUCCAGAGGGCACCACGGAGUGCAUGUUCUAUGGGCUUGGCAGUGAUGGUACCGUCGGGGCAAACAAGAGCGCCGUGAAGAUGAUCGCCCUCGGAACCGAGCUCCACGCGCAG